CGCAGCCCAUACCCGAUGUGAUGCUGCUUCUGCUGCUGCUCUAAACCCCGGUCUCUGCCAGUGUCACUGCAAGUCCACGAUCCAGAAAUUACUGGAGUGUUGCACCGCGCAAAACAUUUCAGUAGCGUAGCUGAUGGAAACGGAGUCCGUUAGACAUGUGCGCGAACGUUUUCGGCGCAUUGAAAAGGUGAGAAAUAUGCUGCGCAUUUUAGGAGGUGCUGAGAUAUGCUCGGAUUGUGUCGGAAAGGGUUGGCUGGUGUUCAGAAGCAAUACAAAUGUCCUUCUGCGAUGGUUUCGUUCAUGUAAAUCCAGGCACAGCGCUGUCAGAUUGCAGGAAGCAUCGUUUUGGUGAGGCAUGUUCAGCCUGUUUAGGAAACCCUUUGAUGGUGGGAAGAGGACAAUGGAUCAUGGCAGUCAGCAGCCACAAACUCAGCAGACGCCAGGACCCUUCCCAGGUUAUACGGGACCCCAGGGCCCCUACCCUGGGCAGCACCCAGCCCUGUUACGGUUAGAUGAGGUGCAAAGGGAGAUUGUCACCCUGGGCCCACAGGUAUGCUCUUACAGCGGCCUGCAGAGCGACAGAGAGUACAAACGACUGGAGCGAGAGCUGACCCGAUUGCUGCUGGAGGUCGAUAAGGUGGAGACGGAGGGCAGGCCGGAGCUUCAGCAGGCUCGGAAGCGUGCGGCAGGAGAGGUGGAGGGUCUGCUUCGCUACCUGGAGGGCAAUGCUACGCAUCCGUCUCGGCUGGCCAUUGAGGAACUGACCCAGGAGGCGCAGCGCUUGCUGAAUGAAGGGGUCAUAGGGCCGUUCCGACAGGGCCAGGCUCAAGAUGCCUUUGAGAUCAGCGAGGAGCUGGUGGAGGCUGUGCAGGACGUGUCCAUGCGGCUGGCUCAGGUCAAGACGGGAGGGAGUGUACCACUCAGAAAGGCACGUUACAAAGCAUUGACAAGGGUCUGUGCUGUACAGGAAAUACUGGAGGGUCGUGUACGCACUCAUAUGCUGGCGCUGCCGUUGUCCGAUGACACGCACGAGGCCGUGCAGCGUAUUAAUCAAGUCAUGGCUCAGGUGAGUGGUGCCCGGUGCCAGGAAGUGGCUCUGCUGAUGGGUCUGAGUGGGCGUGAUAGCUGUGCCCACCUGGCGAGGAUCCUUACAGAGCUGUUGGUUGAACUGGACGCCCUGGAUGUGUCUAGUAAUGCUGCAGUGAGGAACUACAGAAAACAAGUAGUGGAGGAGAUCAAUGGUCUGCUAAAACAUCUUGACCUGGAGGGAGAAGGAGAAGACACACACAGGUAUGAUCUAGCGCAGAAUGACUCGAUUCGUGAAAUUGAAGCGAUCAGGGGCCAUGUCUCAGUGCUGCGGGAGGAGGUGCUUCGGCACGGUGCUGCAGGACAGGGGACGGAGCUGCAAGGUCUCCUCACACACCUGGAUCAGGUGGACACGGGGCGAAAUCCCUGCAUUCGGGAGGCGCGGCGCAGGGCCGUGUUGGAAGUUCAGGCACUCAUCACCUUCCUAGACCUCUGGGAAGCCCUAGGACGGCGUAACCCCGGACCAGACGAGCCUCCGCCUCAUGUGGCCGUGUGGCGUGUCUUAAGCAGCCUGUGCAACCUGCAGGCUCAGGUUUUGGGCUUUGACGGCAAGAGGGCUGACAAGAGCUACAUGGUAUUGGAAGAGCUACUGACCAAACAACUACUGGCUCUUGAUGCUGUGGACCCUCAGGGCGACCAGGGGACCAAAAUUGCCCGUAAGCAAGCUGUUAAACACGCCCAGAAUAUCCUUAGUUACCUGGAUAUGAAGACAGAUGAGUGGGAGUACUGAGAGGCCAAUAAAAGAGACUGAGAAUAAGGAGCUGCAAGAAAAAGGCAAAAGCUUUUUUGCCUCUUGUGCAACAUAUGAGGACACGGUCGUGCCGAGGAUAUAGGCCAUGGGCGGAAUUUUUAAUUUGUGUAUAAAAGACUUUGUGUAUCGCCGUGGGCAGCGAGACUGUUACCCAUGAUGCACUGCACCUGCUGCUUUUUUUGGUCCAUUACUGGUCCCUGAAAACUGCCUUUAUUCUGCCAGAAGGGAAUGCUGUUUCUAAUGCACAUGAAGCAUUUGUUUUCAUGACAAUAACCCAUGACGAUCUUUUUAGUUGAAUCUGUGCGGUUAAUUGGUGUGGUGUGGUGCUAAACCCUGUUUUGCUGCCAAAAUCUGCUUCCUGCUUUGUCCAACAUGCCUGUGUGGAGCACAUUUCAGUCUUUAUCAUGGUGUGAGUACAUCAGCUCUUCAUUCCUAUCCAGUUAGAGCCAUAUAGGAGCAGAUGAUCCCGUUAUGACCACAACAGGAUGAGCAACGGGCCAUUUCCUGUUAAUCACACAUAAUGGAAAAGGCAGCUCAAGCUUAGUGUUCAUAGGUUUAAUCUCUUCUCUAAAUUGCACUUUCAGAGCCUGAGCUAUUCUCGCUACAGUUGUUAGCCGAAUAUAAACAACAACUGACCCAGUGGAACAAUAUUUUUGCAUUUUCUUGCAUCUUCUACAUAUAUGUCCCAGUUUACGUUACAAUAGAUGAGAGUGAAUAAUCAGUUUAAAGGUGAAGUGUCAU